GAAAAUAUAAAAUCAAAAUAUAACAGCCUAUUGCAAAUGCACACAAACAGGUACAUACAAUACAACCUUAAUUGUCUCAAAUUGAGUCCAAGAAGGAAAAAAAAACUUCACAGGCUUCAUUUAUUUCAAUUGCUGUUUUGACAAUUGAGCUGGUCUGAAUGGAAGACAGUUUAAUCCUCCUAUCUGCUGAAGUCUGUGCAAGGAAUACCAGAAUCACAUGACUUCCUGAUUCAUACAUUUGAAAUCACAAUCCCCUUUCAAAGACAUUUAUUUACGUUUUAUUUUUUUCUCUUGCGUGAUUCUCUGUCAUUUCUGUGAUUCACAACUUUAUGAUAUGUGCAGAAAAUUCAUCAUCUCUUGGGAACUGUUUUAAUUUCUCAACACAGUGAACACUUUUGGCAACUGAACUGUCACCCCGGCAGCUCUGGGGUAUUGUUAAUAGGAUAGUGUCUGCAGCCCAGGCUGGCAGUGUGCCAUCCUCAUGACAUGCCAGUCCAGACAGAGAUAUAAGGGAGGUGGAGGGCCAGGGUAGGCACAACUUCCCUCCAGGUGGGGACAUCCAGAUGUGUCUCUGAGUGUGUAGAUCCAGGCUGCCGGGCAUCAGUUUUGACUCUUGUAGGUAGGUAUGACAACCUCUUCAUGUCUGAUUAUUUCUUUGUGAAGUUUAACUCUAGAAAAUUCAAUUGCAAAUCCCAGAAUUUAGGAGGUGGAGGCUGGAGGAACAAAGAGCCCUCAGCUACGUAGAAAAACCAGCCCCACCACUCUACAUUUUACAAAGAAACUCUUCCCGGUAACACAUCUCGGUACUUGAUGAAUUAAAAUGUGUGCAAGUGGGUGAUGACAUUAGGUUAAUUCUUUCAAAACAAACCCAUAAUUUUAUUAAUAUAAACAAGUCCUCUGCUGCUACCUUAUUUUUCACAUACUGAUUAAUUUUCCUUUCAGUAUCGUGAAAUUUAGACUUUUAAAAUUACAAUUUAACAAUGAAUUUGGGGAAAUGUGGAAAGGAUAUUAUGCAUUCUGACUUUUCUGUGGUUUCUCAAGAGGCUUUUGUAAGAAGAAAAUGAAGGCAUCUGUCUCAGCCUGCAAUUUCAAAUGCAAAAGAUGUGAGUGUAGUUUUGAGUAAAGAUGCCACCAUGUUCGCACUAUUCUAGAAAGAACUAUGGAAAUGUAUCUAGGGGAUGUCUGACUCAAUGGACACAGAGCAAGGAGAGGAAAAGGAAGCCCUUGUUUUCCAGGGUAAAACAGCUCCCCAUUGCCUGCACUGGUCAGGCUGGAGGUCUUGCAUUCCACAUUUUAACACAUUUAGCAUGUUUCCCAAAUGAGCUAAUUCUUUAGGACCAGUUUUAAUCAUGAUGUAUUUCCGUGGUCAGUUUUUUAGGAUUUUAUCCCUAGAGUGGAGGUUUAUGAGCUUUUUAAUUAGUGUAACUUGUCUCAUUUGUAUAGAGAUAUAGGCAAUACUUUUAAUAAAGACAAGGUGACCACACAACUAGAUACAUAAUGACUGAUGACUUUUAAUCAUUUAUUUCACCUUUAAAAUGUAUACAUAUAUCACCUAUUGCCACUAAAAAGUUGAGCAGAUCACUUGUAAUUUUAAAAUUACUUAUAUAUAAGUAGAAAUUUCAUAAUAUAUAUUUUCUAGGGCUGGGAAUAUAACUCAUUGAUAGAGAGCUUGCCAAGCCUAUAUGAGGCCCUAUGUUCAGUCUCCAGUGUUGUAUAAAUAGAAUAAAACAGAAAAUGUGUUCUUAAAAAAAAAAACCCAGAGAGGUAAGGGAAAGCUGUUGAACUAGUUUUCUGAAAACACAUAUACCUCUCUUGCAUGUUUUAAAUGAAGAUUCAUCACUGCUGCUUUGUGUGGUACCUUAUUUCUUUAUCAAAAUACAAACAGCUGUCAUCAAGCAUCUUAUUAAAUUGGUGCACGCGUAUCCACAACGGGAGGGAAAGGCCACAGACGAGUGAACAGCAAUCACAAUAUGCCACACAGUGGACCAUUAACUUCCUGAAAAAUGAAGUCAGACGUGACAUCCACGAGCCCUCGGGACUUCGGAUAUGGUUUGAGGCACAGUCACAAAUAGAUGCGUGCUGUGGGAUUCCAGCAUCCAUGUGUCCCAGGGACACAGAAGAGAGAUAGUGGCUGCCAGCGGGUUUGGGGCAAAAAGAACAGGGAGCUUUGCUUAGUAGAGUGCAGAGUUCUCAUUUGGAGGCAUUAAGAGAAUUUAGAAGAUGGAUUCUGGCGGGGAAGGUGCCUAAUGACAACCCGAGUGACUAUGUUACAUAAAAUAAUUACUGUGGCUGCAGAAAUUAAUUUAAGAAAAUUGCUCCCUGCCCUCCAGCGGCUAAAUGACACCAACUUAGAGUUUCAUCUAUCUUCGAUAAUGAGAAGUGAAAAAAUGUUAGAAGGGUUCUGAAUGGUCAGCAGUGUGAUGUCCUGAGAGAGGUGGCCAUGGUUCCAUAGAGUUUCCAUGGAGCAAAAGUGUAUGUUAGAACUGGGAAUGUGGGCAACUCCCGAGCUGAGCAAAGAGCACAUACUUUCAAAGCAACUUUCAAAAAAUAAAAUAAUUUCCAAAAUAUUUACCUUUCAAACAACUAACUAAAAUUCUCAGGGACUUGGUCAGGGGCUAAGUGAGUCAUAGCGCCAUUGUUUCAGCCACAGUUUUGAUUUUUACCUGAGAAGAAACCCAGGAGGUACCCCAGAAGGCACAGGCUCCCUCAAGACAUUAGAACUGGACAGUGACCUUGAGAAUGAAUUAGUGUCCACAAGUUUGUAGGGUGGACGUUUUGAUUCAAUAAGCUCAAACAAUCUUGGCAGCAGCAAGUCAAAGGUUAAAAUGAAAGUAAAGCUUUAAAGUCCCCUGAGAAUGAAGCAGGAAAUCAUUGUUUUCUCUACAAUUAGGCAAGAGCUAGGGUCUCUGAGUUAUCCACUAAAGGGAGAGUUUGUGCGGCUGUAAAGAGGGAGGGGCUGUCUAAGAGAGCAAACACUUUGGAACAGUUCAUUAAAGCAUGCAUUUAGCAUUACAGCUUCGCACUGGAGAAACCCCCAAGAAGGCUGUUGUCAUUUGAAGGGUCAACCUACGUAAACAGAACCACCUUAACUCCUACCCAAGGGCAAGUUAAGCCUCUGUCCACAGGGUCUGACUUUCCUCUUCCAGAUCCAAGAGCAAGCACCCCUCUGUUUGGCCGAGGCCUUUAUUAUUCAGUGUUAGAACCAUGUGAAUUUGGUGUUUUCAGUAAAGUUUAACGAGGCCGGGAUGUGAUUUGGGAGGUAGAAUUUUUACAUGCCAUGCCCAAAGCCCUGUGUCCAAUCCCCAGUGUGACAUAAAUCAGACAUGGUGGCACAGGACUCUAAUCUCAGCAAUCAGGAGGAAGAGACAAUGAGAUCAGAGUUCCCAGAUCAUUUUCUACUACAUAGCAAAUUUGAGGCCAGCCUGGGAUACACCACCCCUUGUCUCAAUAAAUAAACAAAAAUUUUGAUAUAGUAAAUAUGUCACCUACAUUAAUGAGUCCCUAAGUUGUAAUAUAACCAAUAUUUACUUAAGCUCCUAAGACUUGGUGAUGCAAAACGGAAUGCCCAUGAAACCAUAAAUGACAAAUUCACAAAUAGUUCUCAACCAUUUAUGUGGCUAUCAGGUAAUGGAAAGUCAGGAGUUAUUUGCAGCUUACAGAGAACAUUGAUUCAUUAUACCAUUGAACUCACUGUCUUGGUGAAAUGUGUCAGGUAGACCUUGGGAAUGAAAAGGCUUAUGUUAAUGUGUGACUGUGUUGGAACAUUUUGCAAUCACAGAUGGGCUUGAAGUGGGUUUCACCAUUUCUCAUAGGCAACCUUCCAGGCAUGUGUAGUUCACACAGCAUCGCAGAUGAUGAAACUCUCUUCCGUUCUUCCAUUUGAGGUGUCGCUUCUGCUGUAGAUCAUGGACAUGGGGAAUGCCACAGCAGGGUUCAUUCUCCUGGGACUCUUUAACAACACCAGAGCCCACCUGGUUCUCUUUGUGCUGGUUCUGACUGUGGCCCUCAACUCCGUGGUAGGCAAUGCCCUCCUGCUUCUCCUGAUUCACCAGGACCGCCGGCUCCAUACACCCAUGUACUUUCUCCUGAGCCAGCUCUCCCUUAUGGACAUGAUGCUGGUCUCCACCAUAGUGCCCCAAAUGGCAGCUCAUUAUUUAAUGGGCAAGAAGUCCAUCUCCACUGCUGGCUGUGGCUUCCAGAUCUUCAUCUUCCUCACACUGGAAGGUGGAGAAUGCUUCCUCUUGGCAGCCAUGUCCUAUGACCGCUACGUGGCUAUCUGCCGCCCACUGCGCUACUCGGUUCUCAUGAGCUGGCAGUUAUGUCUGAGACUGAGCUUCGGGUCUUGGCUCCUGGGCGCAGCUGAUGGAGCCAUGCAGGCCGCUGCCACCCUGAGCUUCCAGUUUUGCCGCGGGAAUGAAAUCGAUCACUUCUUUUGUGAGGCCCCUGUGCUGUUGCGCCUGGCUUGUGGUAACACGGCUGCCUUUGAGUUUGUCAUGUACAUCUGCUGUGUGCUGAUGCUGCUGGUCCCCUUAUCCCUCAUCCUGACGUCGUAUGGCCUCAUCCUGGCCACUGUCCUCCAAAUGAGAUCCAUAGAAGCCUGCAAGAAGGCCUUUGCCACCUGCUCCUCGCACUUGGCAGUGGUGGCCCUCUUUUAUGGAGCUGCCAUUUUUAUCUACAUGAGGCCCACAUCUUCCAGGUCAGCUAACCAUGACAAGACUGUAUCAGCAUUCUACACUAUUGUCACCCCCAUGCUGAACCCCCUCAUCUACAGUCUUCGGAACAGUGAAGUCAAGGGCAGCCUGAGGAAGCAUGUAGCCCACUGUGCUCUCCUAACUAGAAAGGAUGCCUUGGUUUGCUUGGAUUUUGGUGGUUGUACAAAGAGGAAAGGUAUACAGUAGCCCCCUUCCCAGGGAUAAGGUCUCAGGAUGCCCGGAGGAUACCUGAAGCCACUGAGAAUUCCAGGCUCUGUUGUUAAGUUUCUUUUCUACCUUGACUCUUCUAUCGUGUGGUUGGAACUGGGGGAAGCUGAGGAACCUCAGCAAAACUGCCACCGAGUUUCUUUGUCCUUCCUCUCAAUUUCAUGGACACCUUUAUUCUUACUGUGGGCAUUAGCAAAAUCAGAAGGCUACUUCCUCCUUUAGUAAAUGGGAAGCUUCCGUAGUUUAACUCGGUAAGUACCUUACAGCUUGUCUUUAGGGGGAGGGUUUUCAAGACAGGGUUUCUCUGUGUAGCCCUGGCUUCCCUGGACCUCACUAUGUAGACCAGGCUGGCCUUGAACCCAGAGAUCCUCCUGCCUCUGCCACCCGAGCACUGAGAUGAAAAGUCAUGCACCAUCAGUCUCCGGCCAGUUUGUCUUUAACACAUCUAAAUUUCAGUAUGACAGCUUUUACACUUUGGGGAAAUAAAGGUCACUAGAACGGAGGUGGCUCCUCUGUGACAGAUGGGUGGGUCGCGUACACAGAGUGGAUACGCUGGCCAGAGCUGGGUGCCAGCACUGUAAGCCGUUUCGACAUGUUACUCAGCAGGCAGCACUGGAAGGUGGCUCCCUCUGGAAGUUCUCACUGGUUUUCAACUGGCAGUUGUCCCAGGCGGCUAUGGGUGUGGAAAGCCAGGCCACGAGUAAGGGCUGUAUGUGUGCGUCUGUGCCCGUGUCUUGGUUACUUUCUGCUUUACUCUGAGGUUUUGGUAAAAACCACAUGCUGGCAGCUGAUUCCAGAGCUGCUGUCUCAUUUCAAAAUGAACUCUCAACAAACCGGAAAAAUCACAAAUUUGCCAAGAAAAGCUCUCAGGCCUCACCACACCCGGAUUUUGGUGCCAGCAGGGAAUGAAGUGACUUUGAGUAUUAACUGCCAGUUGGUUUCAAGUCACCCUUGUCAAGCCAGAGGGCACUCACAGCAAGCUUUAUCUUCUUGACAGUUCUACGGAUCUCAGCCUUUGUACCUGCUUGUUACCAAGAGAUGCAAAGUCCAAAACUGCACAGGGGUCUCUUGAGCCCUUUUCUAAUGAAACAUCUGCCCACGGAUUCAAGACUAGUCUGAAUUCCAUUUCCAUCCUAUACUGUUCCAUCGCUGGACACUGAUGGCACUGUGUGUGUGUGUGUGUGUGUGUGUGUGUGUGUGUGUGUGUGUGUGUGUGU